AUGCGUUGUACGUUUUGGGAAAUUGUACUUCAUUUGUUUAUACAUCUCAUAUUUUACGCAAGUGCACAGUGGAAGAAUUUUAUCGAAAUCAACGUUCCUGAAGGGAAGCCCGCACCAUACACAGUUUAUGACGCGCUUCCACUGCCUACUGGUAGAGACAGAUAUUCACUACUGUACGCUCAAAAAGGCGAUUCGCUCGACAAAGUUGGUCUGUUCAAGGUCUCACCUUCCGGUGUCAUAACAACCGUUCAACCGCUCAUUUACGAGAAAGGAAAACCGAAUAAGUAUGACUUAACAAUCGUGAAAAGACCAAGCAAAGAGACAGAUGGUGGACUUGCCACGACAGUACGGGUAACAGUACAGGAUAUAAAUAACUUUACACCAUUGUUCGCUUUUCAAUUAUACAACGGAACCAUUAAAGAAAAUUCACCUGCAGAUACGACUGUUAUGGGUUUGGAGAAUUGCUACGCUGAGGAUCGUGAUUCUUCUGGAGUAAGAGUUUAUAAAAUCAUCAGAGGGAAUGAGAAGGGGUAUUUUAAGGCAGAAAAGCGUGAUGUGGGGGAGAAAAGUUUCUUGCAGUUGAAAGCAACAAGCAAGCCAAUCAAACGAGGUAAAACCACGCCUUUUAUGACCUUGACAGUAGAAGCUGCAGACAUGGGAAACCCGCCAUUAACCGCUCGCACGACGAUUAGAAUUCUGAUUGAAGAGAUGAACGACCAUGCACCGGUUUUCAACAAAAACAGCUACGAGCGCGCUAUAAGCGAAGAUACGCCAACAAUGACGCCGAUACUUAAAGUGCAAGCAACAGACCAAGAUGGAGGAGUGGAUGGAGAAAUUUAUUAUUUCUUUCAAACUCUGUCCAGCUUUUUCACUAUUAAUGUCUUCACGGGUGUUGUAAUGCUCGUACGCGAAUUGGACUAUUCUCAAAGCAAUCAGCGCUUACAGCAGUUGACAGUCGUUGCGCGUGAUGCAGGAAAUCCCAGCAAAGAGACCAUAGCUUCUGUUAUCAUCACUGUACCUCUAGAUAUUCCUAACUUUCCAUUUUCUGGCUCUUCGAGCUCCGAUCAAGAAAACACAGUACCAUUCUUUCUCUAUGCUCCAUAUCAUUUUACAGUCCAUGCAUCAUUUCCGGUAAAAGGAAGUCUUGGCGCCAUCUUUGCGGUAGACGAGGAUCCACCGGGCUCAAACAGUGACCUGCGAUACUCACUAGUCAGCACCUCUAGUGUGUUUGCCAUCGAUUCAUUUAGUGGUGUUUUAACAGUGAGCGGGGGUCUUAAUGUGCAGACAUAUACAUUAACAGUGAAAGCUAAGGACCAGGGAAGCCCUUCAAAAGAAGCGGAAGCCCAGGUAAAGAUUGUAGUCAAGGACUCAGGUAAUUCCCAGGACUACCCUGUGUUCAGUGAUCCUAUACAAGUUCUUAGGGUAGCUGAAAAUGUAGAAGUCGGUAGGUCAGUAUUUCAAGCUUCGGUAAUCUUCGACUCCAGUUCUAGUAAAGGUGUCGUGUACUCGGCAAUCUCCGGUUCGGCACUGCCAUACUUCGAAGUUGACGAGGUUAAUGGAGUGAUGAGAACUGCUGCCCAUCUGGACAGAGAAACACAAGCAACUUAUGAUAUGAUGAUAGAGGCAAGAAACAAGGAGAAACUACCACGUCAUUCCUAUCUUUACGUCACAAUUGAUAUCACGGAUGUAGACGAUGCUUACCCGGACUUUAGCAAAUCAGCUUAUAACGCAGGGGUUCCCGAGGGGAGUCCUAAAGGGACGUUUGUCACUGUAAUACAUGCAAUAGACAAAGAUAACCAGGUGGUUGUAUAUGAAACAUUAAAUUACCGGUCAGAGUUUGAAAUUGAAUCUAACACUGGUGUGAUAAGAACUAAGCGAGUUCUUGAACGAGCAACGGGUGACAUAGAAUUUCUUCUUUAUGUUACUGCCCAUGAUGAAGAUGGAAAAACAUCUGACGCGAUUGUGAAAAUCCAAGUUAUCAGUUCCCCUGACUCAAUUGCCAAGUUUUGGAAGCAGUCUUAUGAAGUGUCAUUGAGAGAAGGACAGGGCCUGGUACCGAACUUGUUGUGUAUCGCGGCCUCCGGAAGUCAAGGGAAUGUUAAGUAUUCAAUGAAAUCUGGAGGAGACAGCAGAUUUCAAAUCGAUCCUGUUACUGGUAAGUUUAAGACACAAUAUGCCAUUGCGGUAAUUUUGAACAAAACUCCAUGCAUCCGACAUGAAUUUUAAUUUUCACUUCUAAGUGAAAGACAAUUUGCUCAUGAAAUUACGCUAUUCUACUGUUUUAAUUGCUCCUCUUAAUUUCUUCCACAAAUUAUUACUAUACUUUUUUUUGGCAUUACUUUACCCUUUGCUAUUGUCCUUAGUAUUAAACUAUGAUUGUGGACCUAAUAAUAGUCAAUCGGAUCAAAAUUCUAUCUAUCCAUGCAGUUUAUUACCAUCGACUGAAGACACAAUUCACCUUGAGCCUGAAAAUGAACACGCACAGGUUGUCGAAGCUUUAGUCACUCUUACUGACAACAGUCCUAUUCAGGACUACAGCCACCUGGAUGAUCAUAAUUAUUUCGCUAACUUCCAACAGGUUCGUUGUCAGUGAAAGACACUUUCUAUUACAAGUUUGAUCAAGGUGGUUAUGUUGUUGAAGUAGGAGCACAGAGUGAAGGUUCUUCUCAAAUUGACUACGUACCAGUAACCGUGAAGAUCGAAAACGAAGAUGAACCGCCGAUUUUUCAGAAGGACAGUUAUGAAGUUACAACUCCAGAAAAUGUAGCCAAGGGAACCAAAAUCCUCGUUAAGAACACUGAAGGGUUUCGUUUCUCGACGGAUGAUAAGUCCCUGGCUGAUUUUGACUGCACACUAGAGGAUAUUACUGCUGUACAAAUUCUUGAUCAUUUCCAAGUUGAACGCAUGAACUCAGAAUGCCAGCUAAUAGCCAUCAAGAACUUCACACAGGUCCCUGACCGAGAAUUCAGAUUUAAAGUCCGUGUAACAAACGUCAAACAACGAAACUUUUUUGGUUCUGCAUCUGUGACGGUAAAAAUAACAGACACUAAUGACUACCCUCCUGAGUUUGAACAAUCUGAUUACUGGGUGUCUGUACCGAGCAGUACCCCCAAGGGAACAAGUUUGUUACGAAUUGUUGCUACUGACAGGGACACCCAGGGGAGCGAAGGAAUUGUGUUGGAACUCGAAGACGAUAACAGCAGGUUUGUUUUUGUUUCGUCAUCCUUUCUCUUUUACUGCGUUUAAAGAUUUUACUUUUUUUAGUCGAUAAUAACAGUAUAGCUAAUUGUGUUUUGUUUGAAAGAUCGCUUUUGAAAUUUAAUCCACUAAUUUCAAGCAAGGUAGAUUUGAUUUGCUAAUUUGAAAAGUCAUUUGAUUUCUAACUGUUAAACAGGGCCAUCCAACUACAAUUUUUGGCAACAUUCUAAAUACUAAACGAAAACAUUUUAUGAAAAGGUUUCCAUAACAUUUUCGGGUUUUUACAAUGUUCCGUACUUGGGCGGUCUGGUAGCUCUCGGAACAAAGGUAAAAAGAUCAAACAAAAGAAACAAUGGACCCUAGCACUAGCCUGAAUUUCAUCCGAUUACUUCGAGUCAUUAUUACCCUCUCAGUAACGUCUGAAUCGACCGGCCGUUAAUGUCGUCCAGUGACGUCACUCCCUACCCGAAAACCGGGUAGUGAUUUUCAUUGGUUGAUUGUCUAAACAUUCGCAUAAUUAUGUAUAAUUAUGAAAAUUUUAGCCGGAUUGUCGCUUGAUAUUCAACGGAUCGCUUCCCUGGCAUUCUUUCGUGUAGUUCAAACAUUUCGAUAAGCUUAAUCUUUAUCUUAAAUAGCAAAAUUGCCCUUGUCUUCGAAACUGAAAUGCUAAAUUGAACUGCGAAUGAAGAAUCAUUGCGGAGAGUCGGUAGGUUUUUCAUUUAGAGCCGCUUUGUGGUUUCGGCGGCCGGUGAUUUUGUUUACGCGAAGUUUUCUGAGAUCAAUGUUAUAAUUCGACCUUCUUGCUAUUUUCACCGUCAAGUGUAAUGAUUCUGUUAGCUUUUCUUUCUUGUUUCCUUGUUUUUUUCCUUCGUUAAGGACCAAAUAGCUUCUUUUCAAUCACGUCUAAAAAGCAAAUCAUUGUAUUUUUGACGGGCGGGUAAGUUUUCCGUCUGAUUUUUUUUGGGUUGAAAGACGCCGGGAUUUUUUUCAUUCCGUGAUUGCGACCGAGUUUGAUUAUUCCAGAAGAUAAAUAAUAAAAUUUGCUGAUGCAAAAACACUGAGGGAUUUUUUUUGGGUAGACACAAAAUAUGAACCUCUGUCGGAGUUGAAACUGCAUGCAGUUGUGUGUUUAUUUAUUGCGUGAUUUUGAACGUUGAAUUCAUGAACGGGGAGUUGUACGAGUUUGAACGUUGAAGAUGAAAAAAAAAUAAAGCAAUUCUGUAUAAUGCAGACAUUUCCAAACGAUAUUUCUCGGUUUGCCACUUGAAAAUCGUGUUUUACUUUUUGUAUGAAUUAAAGCAAAGGUCAAGGAGUAGUGACGUCCCUUAAACAUAGGACGGCAUUUUAACGGCAUAUUUUUAUCCGGUCGAUUCAGUUCGUUACUGAGGGAUUAUAGGGUAAUAACGACUCAGGCAGAAAAAAGGGUAAUCGGAUGAAAUUAAAAAUGGGCAAUUAUACCAUUUUUUACCCUAUCCAUGAAACAAUAGAGCGUUUUCACAUGACGUCACGGCGGCCAUACUGGUGUUCCAAAACAAUGAAACGGCAGCUAUGUUGGUGUACCAAGAAAAUCCUUUGGGAGUUGAACUCUUUUCUCAUGUAAAUGUUUUUUCUUUUGUUCCAAUAAAAAUUAGCAGGAUAAGAUGCUGGCCACUUUGAGUUAAAAUAACUCCACGAAAAAUAACUCCACUGUAAGGAGUUAAAUUAGCCCCACUAGAGGAGUUAUUAUAACUCCCUGAAAAUUACAGUGUGGCCACGUGAGUGAAAACGCUCUAUACAGCUUCAAUAGCUUCCCAAGAGCGACUGCAAUUAGGAAAGGAUCUUGAAAAAAUGUGUCGCUCCCAGCUUCUUAGGAAGGGAUAUUCCUUGCCAGCGGACUUUUUGCCGUUAUUCCCCAGACGGCUAUUGAAAUAUAUAUCUUAACUUAACCAAGAUCAAUAAUUUCUAUACCACCAGGGUGUCUUUUCCAGUCUUAAUUCCUCUGUGUCUUCAAAUCCUGCCAGAAAAUCUGCUUUAUAUGCUAGAAAUAAUAAGAAUUUCCAAGCAUUACUUGUUAACCAGAUGGGGAACAGAUAUUUAAUGCAACCACUUCACUGUUUUGGCCUUUGGGUGUUAAAUAAAACUUGGGAACUCUUAAAUUUUUAGAAAUAUAAAUGUGUAGCCACAGAUCUCUUCUAAUUUUCUCUACCGACCUUUGAAAUCAAUGGUAGUCUUCAAUGAUACUCCCAGUGAUACUUAAUGAUACUUCUAUUUAUAAUGAUACUUAUAUGAUACUCUCAAUGAUUCUUAUUUCUGCUUUUUUAAUCCUUAGGUUCCAUAUAGAUAAUCAAGGCGACUUGGUUACUAAGACAUCCAAUCUGCCAGAAAAUACGUUCUACGAAUUUAAGGUCAAGGCAACAGAAACAGGUUAGUGAUCAUAACAGCAUCGUUAAAUCACCUGUCUUUAAGCUUUUAAGCGGUGCGGAAGUUGGUAAACAUAGGCCGUAUAGCUUAAAGAAAUAUAUAAUCCCGAUUUCUUUUUGUAGAUUGUUAGUGGACAGGGGCAUACAGCCUUAGUUUACAAGUUAGCCCGAAUUAUCGGAGGAUACGAAAAUGCACAAAGUCAGAGUUAUAAUUGUGAGGUGAAGAUCAGUGACCUCGGUUGUCAAUGAUCCUUACACGGUACUUCUCAAUUCGCUUCCCUGGAUUAAAAGUAAAAUGUAAAUCUCAUGUUGUCUCUUGGUUACACAGGGCCAGAAAAGAAAUGGAACAAGGUUUCAGUUAAAGUAUCAGUGCUUAGUGACCCAUUUUCUCCCGUGCAAUUUGAAAGCUCAAGUUAUUCAAAGACUCUGCCUGAAGACGCUACAAAAGGUUCCACAAUUUUCAUUGUGAAAGCGUCACGCUCUGGUUCAGAAAGCGGUAUAACAUAUUCCAUAGUUGGUGAAGAUCCACAUAAAACUUUCAAAAUUGAUGAUUCUAAAAGCGGAAAUAUCACUCUGGCGAAGGCUCUGGACUAUGAAUCAAAAAAGAACUACAAGUUGAUCAUACGGGCAACCUUUUCUUCCCCUGGUAAUGUCCCGGAUGUAACAGCAGAGGUGACAGGCGAGGUUACGGUGACAGAUGUUAAUGAUAAUAAACCCAGAUUUCUUCUUUACAAGUCCGUUACUCGGAUUGCGAUUGACAGCUACACGCCCAGUGGAACCACAGUUUUUCAGGUACACAAUUCCAUGACAAUCGGCCAUACUAUAUUCAUCAUCAUCACAGUAUUAUUCUUUGAUAUAUAAUAUGAUAAUCGGUCAUAUUAUUAUCAUUAUUAUUAUCGUCGUUGAUGUUGCUGUUGUUGUUAGCGCCAUAUUUAUUAAAUUUUGCCACAAUAUGUCAAAAUCUGAGCAGAAAAUGAACGUCAUAGCAAAUCGUAUUUUUAAUGAAACGGUUUGAAAGAGAAUAGCUUACCACUGGCAAACAUAGGAACUGCAGCCACAAACAUACAUGCGGCAUGUGAAGUUCAUUUUAUUUUGUUUAAACGUACAGCACUAUUGCCCCAACUAAAAAGGCUAGAAAAGAAAGGAGAGGGAUUUAUUUCAAUGGCUUUAUAGCAUGAAUGCAUCUGCCUGAGAAUCAUAAGUUAAAACACUUGGUGCAGCAUAUAAAGCACACAUCAAUUUUAAUGUUAAGCUGGAAGCUUGAGACUUUAAUUAUUAUUAUUACUAUUAUUAUUAUUAUUAUUGUUAUUAUCAUGAUGUUAGAAAUUCGAGUUUAUAUUAAAGUUAGAGACUUCCAUUAAAUCAUCAAAAACACGGUAAAAAAAUACAUCCAAGUAGUACAGAAAGCUGUUGGCAAGUUAAAAUAUUAAGGGUUUCAAAUUUAAGGUAGUGCCUUAACAUCUAUGAUAAUUAUAUUUAUCAAAAAGACACAAGUUCAUUGAAUAGACCCUAAACCUUCCAUGGUUUUUUAAAUUUUUGAAUGGGGCCAGUUAUAUCUGUCCACACAGAUGGAAAGAGAGCCUUAAAAUCGGUAAAGUUGUCAGUUUAAAAGUGAUUUGUUGAGUGAAUAGAUAGAUAUAGCUUCAACGAGAAAUGGUCCCUAAUAUUUCGCUCGCUUUGGGUGCUUUUAGGUUUUCUAAUUUUAAGGCGGUCUUCCAAGCAGUGUCGAUGGAUGUUUUCGUCGGCUCCCUGGUCUUCGUCAAAAAUUGAAAAAAAGCGUGGGAGAGUUUUUAAUACGAGAUAUAAGGCGCAGGGAGGUUACCACUGGAGCUUGCAUUUCACUACUUUCAUUUCAGUGAAGAAAAUAGACAUAACUGCAUUCAUAAUUAGGUUGAGUAUGAUCGUCCGGGUGAACCCAGUCCUGAAUAGGACUGUUGUUGUUGACAGUUACACGGUCAGGACUGCGUUCACUCGGACGAUCAUACUCAACGACCUACUUAUAAAAUGACUCCUGUGUUCAAACAUUUUACAUAAAUACAUUCAUUCGCGGCAUUUUCCCACAACAACUCUGUCUGGGGAUCUAUUUGUAAGCCUUCAAUUUAUCUUCAUCAUCAUCAUCAGUAGAUAGUCAUAACCUUUUUUUGUUUCUGCAGGUCAAAGCGAUAGAUAGAGAUACAGAGAAUAAUUUUGGUGAAAUUUUAUACACAAUUUAUGAAGCAGCCAGUGCCCCUUCCAUAAACAUUCCAUUUUCCAUCAAUAGAAACACGGGCGAUCUAAAAACUAACAGAGAAAUAAGGUAAGAUGAGCAGUUUAUGGGAUGAAAAAUUGAUUCUUGAUCACAGUUACCAAUCGACAAGAGAUGAAGAGUUGAUCUUGAAAGACAGAUCAAAUAAGUCUAGGCUAAUGAAUUAUUUAUGUCCCAAUCCCUUUCUUCACGGUUGUAAUUUAAGAAUAUACUUUUUAAUAUUACAAACAAUUUUCAAAUAAAAAGGCUUGCUUGAAUAGCAUACUGAAAACCUACAGAGGAUAUCUGAAAAAAGUGUCCAGUGGGUUAACGGAUUCUGAAAAAAACUUAUCCAUUACUCUUCAAGUUCUUCUUCACACAGCAAAAUAAAAUAAUUCAAAACAAUACGUAUACCUAUUAAGACAUGGUCCAAUUGCUACAGACCUUAUAUAUUUUGUUGUUGUUGUUUUUUAAUUUUUCCGAUAAAUGUAUUGUGUUAUACGACAACAAUAAUUUAUCGUGCUUGCUUUCUAUCGAAAAGUCCGAUUAAGGCUUACCCAUAAUGCAAGUGUCUCUUCUCAGGUUUUCUGACGGGAGUAGCUACAUGUUGGUUGUGAAAGCUACAGACGGUGGCGGAAAAGAAAGUGCCACGAAUAUUCAUAUUAAUGUCAUAAAUGUCAAUAAGCCCCCGGUGUUUAAGCAAGAUGACUACAAAGCUACAGUCAAAGAAAACAGUCCAGUUGGUACCAAAGUUAUUGACGUCAGAGCGGAUUAUGGAGACCCUUCUGCGUUGUUAAAGUACUUCUUUAUUCAAGGGAAUCAAGAUAACAUGUUUUGCAUUGACUACUUGGGCGUUAUUAGUGUGGCGCAACCCCUGGAUCGCGAAAGUGUGCCUUCGUACGAGCUUACAGUGAUGGUGUCCCUUAACAACAGGAAUGACACCACUGUUGUCAAGGUUGAGCUGUUAGACUCGAAUGAUCAUGCACCAACUUUUGAGAAGUCGCUUUUUACAAUCGUAGUUCCAGAAAAUCGAGGUUUGUUAGUUAAAGCUUGAGGAUGUUAUUAGGUUUCAUCAAUUACAGUUUUGAUACUCACUGAUCAUUUUUCAUCAUUUUUAAAGUUUAUAUGGGCCCAAAGGUAUCACUGAUCAUUUUUAUCAUAAAAUGAUGAAGAUGACAAUAACAUAGUCUUUGACAAUUGGCUUAUACUGUACAUAGUUUUUCUUAAUUUUAAUUAAUUUAUUAAUUGAACCCUCUUAGUGGCCCGUUUCAAUGGUCGUGCUACUGCCGUGCCGAACUCAAUUGAUCGAAUUAUAUUCUACUUUAGCACGCCAGUAGCGCGACGUUUAAAACCAAGUCGUGCUAUCGCCGUGCCGAACUCAAUUCAUAAAUUAUAAAUAAAUUAGAAUAUAGUUAGAAGUUUGCAAAACAGUUUCUUUAUUUUUGUGUUUUGUUUUCGGCAACAGUCGUUCUAUUGCGAAUUAAAUUCGAAGUCUCAAACCAAGUAGUGCUAGUAUCGUGCUGCAGUCGAGCUACAGUCGAGCCAGCUUAGCACGGCAGUAGCACGACGUUUGAAACAGGCCUUAAAAGGCUACCCUCGGGAAAAGAAAGUGCCCGCUAAUAAUGGUUGGCUGCUUCAAGGAGGUUCUUUCUAUAGUGAUUUACCCACAGUGUUGUAAAGUGACCGCUAUAUUACGAGCGACGCCCACUAUUGUAAACAUGUAUCGAAUAGUUUUUUUCAUUUUACAGCUGUUAACUCAGAAUUGAGGCUGCUGACCGCUACGGACGGUGAUGAUGGCCAAAAUGGCCAAGUGAAGUAUUCUUUGCUGCAGACGGUUUUGGAACAAAGCAAGAAUGUUUUUGAAGUUGAUUCCGAUUCUGGCAUGGUCACACUUAAGAAACAACUAGAUCGUGAAGAAAUUGCCGAACACGUACUUUACAUAAAAGCUCAAGACAGCAACAGAGAUCCUACACUGCGCCUAAGUGGUAAGUGGUGGUAUGCUUCAGUAGAAGAAAUGGUAAAGAUAUGCAGCCAACAAAAAAAAUAUAGAAUGAUGCAAGACAUAUUUUGGCUAUUGUUAUACUGGCGUGGCUUAAGCCUAUAGGAAUAACCAGUUUGCUCUCAAAUUCUUAACAGAGAUGACGAAACAUGCAUUCUUCUUUAGAAACUACUAAAAAGUUUUCGCAAAAAGUCUUCUGAAUCAAUGUUAUGCUCCUUUUCAGAUGUUACAAAGCUGGUUAUCAGAGUCACGGACGACAACGAUAACAAACCGCGAUUUUCUACCACCUCAUAUCAGGCCUCUAUACCAGCCAAUGCCAAAUCAGCAGAUCGAGUAGUUCAUUUGUCGGCAACGGACUUGGACAGUGGAAUAAACGGAUUAGUAUACUACAACAUCACCGAAGGCAAUGACAACGAUAUAUUUACAAUAGACAGUUCCAGUGGACUUAUUACACUUGGAAAAACACAGGUCGCUUCCGCUGCCCAAGAGAGUUUUUCUUUGACCGUUGAAGCUUUGGAUGAAAAUGAUCAAAGUAAGAAAGAUACUGCGACGGUUCUUGUUAAUUUGUUCCCACCUGAUGGUCCCCCACAAUACCCAUCUCCUUCGCUAAUUUUAAACACCAAAGAAGGCCUUGCGGCUGGAAAUAAGAUUGUUUCUGCGGCAGCAGCUACUACUGAAUACGUUAUUUAUGAGAUAUGUUCGGGGAACGAAGAUGGGGUGAUUCAGAUUGACCAGUUCUCGGGUGAUCUGGUGACAGCACAGGAGCUCGAUUACGAAAAAACGACUCAAUACAAGCUGUGUGUCAUGGCUCGAGACAUCAAAGGCCGCACUGCCCAGCUGCAAGUAACUAUAAAUGUUCUAGACAUCAAUGAUAACCCUCCUUUUUUUAUUGAUGCGGUUGAUGGAAAGGUUGACCGAAAAGUAGAAGUGGGUAUAAAAAAGGGUGAAGAAGUCACACAAAUAGAAGCUUACGAUCUUGAUGGUACGUCAUCCAUGCAAUAUAGGCUGUCUAAGGAGGCAGAGCAAUUCUUUUCCAUUGAUAAUCAAGGUAUCAUAAGGGCAAAAAGGGCAAUGGAUGGUACUCUACCUGGAAAGAGAGCCUUAGAACCUCUAUCGACCAUUUCCUUCAAUGUAGAAGCUACGGAUAGUAAAGGUGUUGUAACCACACCUGUGCGUUUAGCGUUUGCAAAUUACAAUUCAGGUCAAUCGGCGCUUGCUGUGAGUGUUCUCGAGAACACUCGCGUUGGAAGAACAAUUGCCGAGGUCCCAAGAUACAUCCCUGGAGGCAUAAUGUUCAUAUUAUAUCCUGAACAAACUGUUUUUGAUGUUGACGAAGAUGGAAGAGUUAAGCUCGCAAAAGAGCUUGAUUUCGAAACACAGGCAAAGUAUGUCUUAACAGUUAGAGAGCAAGGAAUGACAGUCACAGGGCCGUUUACUAACGAUGUUGACUUGGAGAUUUCUGUUGAAGAUGUGAAUGAUAACGAUCCCAGAAUUGAAAUGAGAACAAAAUAUGGACGAAUUAAUGGCAACGCGAGAGCGGGUGCAAAGGCCUUACAGCUGAAUGUUUUUGAUGCAGAUAUUGGUCCAAACGGACUGGCGGGUUAUCAGUUGAUUUCAAAGGACACUCCAUUUGGCAUCAAUCCUUUGGAUGAUACCAUUGAAGUUGGCGGUGACCUGGCCAAGAGUCAGUAUGACUUGGAAUUAUAUCCCUUCGAUUACGGUAUUCCACAACGCCAGAGCUCUCCUAUCAAAGUAACGUUAGACGUUGGACAACUUCCUCCAAGGUUUGUUGACUUUGACGAUGAUGGCUAUAAAUUUGAUGUACCAGAAGAUGCUAAAGGUGGAACAGUGGUCGGUAAGAUCACCGCUGUCAGCGCCUCAGGUAGCAGAGUUGGAUACGUAAUUGUGGAAGGGAACUCCGACAACAUAUUUAAAGUAACAGAGAACGGCGAGAUAAAACUAAAUUUUCUCUUGGACUACGAAUCACAAUCCAAGGUAUAUAAUAUGGUAGUGGAGGCUGUAGAGUUGAUACCAUCGGGACUCACUUCUACAGUCAACGUAAAAAUCUCUGUUUUAAAUGCUAAUGAUUAUUACCCAGUGUUCAAAGAAGGAUCUUACUCGGCGAUUGUUGAUGAAGACGUCCCACUGGGAACAUCAAUAUUGACUGUGAGUGCAACAGACUGCGAUUGUAGCCAAGACUGCAGUUGUACGCCGGGCCAGCUACAUUUUGCGGUCAUAGACAACGAUAACUUUACAGUUGACCCAGACACGGGAGUCAUAUCAAACGCCCGUUCUCUAGACUUUGAAAGCCAGAAACAGCACAUCUUUCGAAUCGAGGUCUCAGACGCCCUAGAAAACAAAACUAACGUUGAUGUGGCCUUUGUUAAUGUUACAUUAAGGAAUACGAACGACAAUCGACCUCAUUUUGCAUUCGCUGAGUACAGACUUAUUGUUGACGAGGAAGCAAAGGUUGGUGAAGCACUGGGAGCAGUGGUUGCUCAAGACUUUGACCAUCAACUCAUCACCUACAACGUUAUCGCCGGAAAAGGACCUUUCCAGAUAGACUCCAAUACUGGUAUUAUAUCUCUGCGAGAGAAACUUCCAAGCGAACCGUGGGAAUACACCUUAACCAUUCGAGCAAACGAUCUAAAAAGCUACAGCGACACUAAGGUCAUCAUUUACAUCAGGGAUAAGAACAACAAUCAUCCUGUGUUUGAAAAGUGUGACAAUGUUACAGUGACUGAGAACCUUCCGGCCGGGGUAGUAGUGACUCAGGUGUUGGCAACGGACAAGGACCGCGGUAAAAACGGCGAAAUAGAAUACAGCAUCGUGUACGGUGACCUCUUCUUUCAAAUUGACAAUACAACUGGUGUUAUAAAAAGCAUGCAGAGCUUUGAUCGUGAACUUCAGUCAGACUACAUAGUGGUCAUCAGAGCAGAAGAUGGUGGCCAUGGAAGAAGUUCGUCUGAGCGUCUUCUCAGGUACUGAUGACGCAACAUAGGUGUUACAUAAAUAAUCUUAUUUUGGGUGACCAAAGUAUUUUUAAAAGUCAGUAGAGCGUUUCGAACACUGGCCUUUAAUCUAUUUUGCUGUUUAUACAUCCAACGACAAAGUGACAUCUUAAGGUACAAAAACAAGGAUUUUAGGUGCUGGUCCAAAAACACCGGACUUAAGUAGCUCAACAUUUCAAACUUCCUGAUCUGAAGCCUUUCUUUUUGUAUGGGCAACAUGCAAAGAAGUAAGCACUAUAAAGAUCUCACGCCAAAUAAUCUUAUGUUUUUGGGUGGGGAAAUGACGUCACAACAAUUUUUACAAUUGAUUUUAUCGCGUUGUGCUCUUUAAAAAUCGUUUAUUUUUUUACAUCAAUAGUUGAAAUUUUAAUUUUGCUGUCAAUCAUGUGACGUCAUUUUACCGCCAAAACCCGUUAAAAUCUAAAAACAUACGAUUGUUUACAAAGUUCACCAUCCUUUUGACCUCAACCCGUUUGAUUUCAAACUUUUCAAGGAUGGUGACCCGGCGUUUUUAUUCCAAACAAUAAACAAUUUCUAUUCAACAAGUAGCCAUUUUCCAACCAAAUGCAUACCUUUACCACUGAAUAUAUAAUCAUACAACCCAUAGCUCCUUGAUACUGAAUGAAAAUGACGACAAGCUAGUGCUGCAAUUGUCAGUUUCUCUCUCUAAUCAAACUCAGUUUGUAAUAUCGACCAGUUGUCUUUUUCUUCGAUGGACGUACUCUUUGUAAGUUCAUGGCUUUAUGUCUGGUUAUUUUUAUAAAACAUGAAUGAUUAUGCUUUGAUGGGUAGCGCCUGGCACCUUAUCAGCCAAUUAUGAACAGUCCUUGUUUAUCAGCUGUUUUGGUGAAAUACGUUAUGAAUUCUCUCAUGUGAACACAACUAACGUUCUUUUAUUGCCGAAAUCAAACUGACGAAUAUUACAUUUAAAGCAUCGGCAUUGAUGUUUAUUUUCUAGCUGACUUCUUUUUCACUAAUUUCUGCUUUUACAUAUUGUCAGCUACUGCCGAGUCAGAGUAGCAAUAAAAGACUUGAAUGACAAUUACCCAAGCUUCCCAGCUUCGUCGCAUGAUGGAAGCGUAUGGAAAGAUGCUCCUAUUGGUACAUCUUUCAUGAUUGUUCACGCCAUCGAUGAAGACGCUGGGGGCAAUUCCAAAGUUAGAUAUAGCUUUGUUGAGGCGAACGACAAGUUUGAGAUUUCUGACAAUGGAGUAAUAUCUACCAAAGUAUCAUUAACGUUUUUCGUUGGAACAUGGACGUACGAAGUCAUAGCAUCUAACACAGAACCAAUGUCUGUUGGCGCAGGGAACUCUGAGAGUCGAACAGCGACAAUUUCUAUCUAUGUUACAGAGCUACAACCUCCUAAGUUCACCAAAUCAGUCUAUACUGGAAGCAUUGAUGAAAAUAGUGAGCCAGGUGUGUUAAAAAUGUUAAUAGCAAUUAUUACUGAAUUAUUGUUUCAGUGACUCUCAUAAGUCCAGAGAAAAUCUUUAUGCAGAAAGCUUUGAAGUCGCCUCGUGGGGAUGGAGACCGAAAAAACCGUUCAAGGUUUUUUGGGGAAUAGCCAGGCUUAGAUCAAGAACAAAAUGAUAAUUAUUUUUUAAAAUGUUUAUCUUAUUCUGUUUUGCCACACAAGUUAACAUUACAAUGAGAACGAAAACAAAGGAGAAAAUGGAGGAAACAAUCAACAGAAGGCCUAAGAAAAUAAUGAGGCCUAAGUUUAUUGGGCUUCCUGUGGCAUAUAUUUUGUAACAGCCUUGAGUUCAAUAGAGCUGUGUGCAGUUAUUAUUUACAGACCCGAAACUCAGUUAUACAAACUGAAAUUAACAUUUGGGAAUUCCUCAUUUUUGUCUGACAUUUGUCAUUAAAAAGGGGAAAAUGACAACACUCAGACAAAAAUGCAAAUUAGUCACUUUGACGUCAUUCGCGCGCAACGCUAUUGAACGCGGUUUCGUAAAACAUCGCAACCUGUCAGUGUAUUGCAGACCAGCAUUUGACAUGGCUUCGAUAUCGGCAAAAAUGUAUCUGCGCACCGCUGGAAAUUUCGGUCAAAUUCAUUCACUAUUGUUAUUUUUAUUUUUUUGCAGGUACAUCCAUCUUAAAAAUCACAGCAACAUCAAUGAAUGGUCAACCAGUAGCUUACACUCGGUUAAUGCAGCAUGGUGAUUUCGAUCACUUCGAAAUAAAGGGGGACGGGACUAUUGUGUCAGGAGAAGACUCCUUUGACUACGAAACGAGACCACUUUAUCGCAUGCAGUUCCGAGCACGCGAAAGCGAUCAGCUAUUUUCCACAUGUCUUGUCGAGAUCAAAGUCAAAGAUGUAAACGACAACUCACCCAAGUUCCCAACGGAGAGGUAUGACGGCAGAAUUCUCGAGAAUUCACCUGAAGGUACUCCAGUCAUACGCGUUCACGCAAAUGAUGCAGACAUGGGUGCUGGUGGAGAGGUAAGAAGUAGUUUAGAAGGGACUGGUUACUCCGUUUUUGCGGAGGAAUCUCAUUACUUUGCCUUUUGGCUUUACCUCCUGAAUUAGAUGCAGAUGAAUCAAGAUAAGGUCAUGUGCUACUUUUAGGUGGUUGAAUAGAUUUUCUAUUUGUAUCGGAGUCAAUGAAGGUCUUGCUUUUUUAUUGCCUGAAUAAAAACUAAGAAAAGUAUUCUUUGGUUAAUACAUGUUGUCUAAGGAAUAAGCGCUAACUCUCAGGUGACUUACAAUCACUAAGCCCAAAUAUGCUUUUUUGUGUGUGUCAGCGUCAUUGCCCUUUUACAGACAACUUGUUGUUUUACAGACGGUUCACUUAUCCUUGGCGCAAAAAUCGUGUAUGUUGAUGAGGACACGUUAUCCCUAGCCACGUUCGUAACCUAUAUUUCAUUUCAAUUUAUGAAAAGCAGCCCUAUUUUCCUCCAUUGCAUCUGGAGAAUUCAAAAGAUCUCUUUCCGUGAAUCCAUGAAAUGAGACUUGGAGGGCCAAUUACCAUAAAGACAAAAUAAUAACUAAAUUUGCAACCAUUCGGAAAAAAUUGUAUACAGCUCUUUCCUACGGUAACGUUAAGUCUUCCCAGGGAAUUGUAAGUUAGUGAAAACUAACCAGGUUUGUUAAUGUCAUUUGUUAGGUCACCUAUGCAAUAAUGCCAACCCAUGACUACCAGUAUUUUACCAUCGACUCCGUUACUGGUGUAAUAAGAACUACACAAAUAUUUGAUCGUGAAAUCGCAGAGCUGGCCCACCUUUUAAUUGACGUAAAGGCCUCUGAUAAAGGAAGUCCCCAGAGGAGUGAUACAACUUUUGUUGACAUCGAAGUUAUAGAUGAUAAUGACGUGGCUCCUGUGUUUGAAACCACGGAUUAUUCUCUGGAAGUUGAUGAGGAUGUUCCUCUUGGAGAAGUUCUAUAUUUCUUUACAGUCAAAGACAACGACGUUGCUCUGAACAGCAUAGUGAAUUUUUUUAUAUCUGAAGGUAAUCAAGAUCAAGCUUUUGACGUGAUAACUAAGUUUAAGCCUAACGGAGGAGAGCUUAUUGUUGAAGAUAAACUGGACUUCGAGGCUACGAAAGCAUACAGGCUUAAAAUAAUUGCUAGUGAUGGCAGAUCAGCCAGUCAAACGGCGAAUGUGAACAUCAAGGUAAGAAAUAUCUUCCUUUUCAAACAAUGGAAGGGUGAGCAAUAUGUUGUAGCACUCUCAUUGGCUGUUUUACAGGCAAGAUUUUUUAUUACGGGCUGUUAUCACAGAUAAUGAGUAUGAAGAAUUUCUUAAACCUUACUACUCGCAAACAAAUAAAGUUUCUGAUGGGAAAGGAUUCCUUAGAAAUAUUAUUUUAAAAAAAACAGACCUUUGUAGGGUGAGGCCCUUGUUUUAAGCCCUUUAGAAUACAGGGAUGAAUGUGAAACACCCUGGGAAACAGCUUUAUUUUUCCCCCAACAACUGAACCUCAGUCCAACCGCUAUUUACAAAUCUAACUUGCUUGAAAUCGUACAGAGUAACAUGGGACUUUGUCGUUCUCUCACUGGAUUGCUGUGCUCGGUCCUUAAUGCCACGACCUUGUGACAGUGUCAGGAAGAUUUUGCAAAGAAAAUGUGACGAAUGGGAUGACUGUGCGAUGCACGCAGAUCUAAAAAGCGGCUUAACCAAAGCCAGAACUUUAAUUGAGCCCCAGAGGGUCGCAUUCAGUACUUCUCAGCGUUUUCGCGUUCGCAUUUAACGCUGCGUCCUUUUAGCUAAAGAUGCUAAUGCAGCCUUCGUGCUCGGUUAGUUAGGGUUUGGUUUUUUAAAGUUCUCUUAAUUUGAAUGAGGAACACCUAACGUAUGGAAGUGACUGCAAAGGCUAGAAUUUCGACUUUAUGAGAUUGUAUAUGGACAAAAAACUGCAAACAAAAAGAACUAGGUUCAAAUUGUCGCAUCCAAUAAAACUAGUGUGGACGCUCUAACCACUGAGCUUAUGGAUGAAGAGGAGCAAUAAGUAAAGUCAUGAGUAAAGUAUAUGAUAGCUUAAAAACAAUUGCGCUUUCUUUCCCUAAAUUUUCCGCAAAAUUCGCGAUAACAAUGACUCUCCCUUUUGCCUAGGUUCUUGACGUAAAUGACAACGCACCAGUGUUUACCCAGCUUCGUUACCAGACAACAGUUCUAGAAGGAAGUCCAGCUCGGCAACUGGUGCUUACUGUAUCUGCCACGGACAUUGACACCACGAAAGAAGAAAUUGUAUAUUCCUUGGACCAAACAGGUUUGCGGUACUUUACGAUUGGAAGAAAAACCGGGGAGAUACUCACAAGUACAACUCCACUGGACAGGGAAAAGACUCCGGUGCUGAACUUCACAGUUUCGGCUUCAGAUGGAAAACACACUGGAAUGGCUGGAAUCAAGGUGAAGUAUGGUACUGUAACAGCGUAAGCCGCAUGUAACCCACCCCACAACAGAACCUAUAGUAUCACGAGGACAUUCAUACCCUGAGUAAAGAAAUGGUUUCUGAUGAGUCUAUUUGUCAAUUUGUAAGGAGCUCUUGUAGAGUUUGAAGAUGCAACUCAUUGUAAUUCGCACUUUUUAACUGUAACCUUCAUUCACUUUAGUUAGAUCACAAAUUGAGUAACAAUUUUCGCAGUAAUAAAAGAUUGUUAAUGGCUUGCUCUAUCAGGAAGCUAGUGAUCUAAAGUAAAAGCAUUAGCAUUGCACCAAAUAAACUCGCAGUGGCAUUCCCGUUUGGAGGAGAAGUCGGGUAAAUGACCUCGCCUACGUAAUAGACGGAAAACCAGAUAAUUGUCGGCUAAAACAAUAAUAUUUUUUCAGGCUUUUCAAUACCUAAUACUCGACGGGGGGCGCAUACUUCACCUGGAGGGAUUUUCACUGAGAUCCUUACUCACGGAUGUUUGCCUUCUUUCCGGUAGCACCCUAACAGAACCCCUAAUCCAUUGUCUUCGGCACAAGCAGCCAAGGGAAUAUACCGUCCCUUACUCGGUUCCUGAGGUAACCUUUUGUUUUAAACGGGUUCACCAGGAGAAGGUAGUUAUUCAGGAGUUAGGUGACCAGAGCAUUAAGAUUAGUCACCAUUCGCAGCUUAUAUUACAUAAGAUGUUCUGGAAACGUUUAAUGCUUUAAUUUGUUGGUGAAAUCUUUCAAUUGAACCGAGUGAUUUUUGUACCAUUGUUUGGCAGGUCAACAUUACGUUGGUUGGCACUUGAAUAGAAUUCUAACAUUUUUUUGUCCCUCUCUCUUAAGAUUACUGUAUACGAUUUCAACGACCAAGCGCCAUAUUUUCCGAAUCCACCAUACAUCGGUGAAGUGGAAGAGAACACACCUUCGGGGACAAGUGUUAUAGUUGUUCAAGCUGUGGAUGAAGACGAUCCUUCAACGGUCAUUAACACACAAAUAAAGUACACUUUAGAUGACGACAGCAAUGGGAAAUUUGUAGUGGAUGAAAACACGGCUGUUAUAUUUACUACCACAACUUUUGACAGGGAGAAGGACAACAGUGAAUAUAACAUCACCAUCAGAGCCACUGAUCAAGGUGUACCACAACUAAGUGGAACUACAGUCGUCACCGUCAGAAUUGGAGACGCCAACGAUCAUAGACCCCAGUUUAAUCCUAAUGAGUAUACGGCGUCUGUACCGGAGAACGCUUACCCAGGAUAUUAUGUCACGACUGUCAAAGGUACAGAUGGUGAUAUCGGCUUCAAUGCUGCAUUAGAGUUUACUAUCGUGUCUGGUAAUGAUCCUUAUGUAUUUUACAUUGAGCCCAACACGGGAAGAAUAAUGGUCUCGGGCAAGUUAGACUUUGAAUCAAAGACGAGUUAUACUCUAAAAAUCAACGUAUCAGACCAAGGGCGUCCUCAGCUGACUACCUUGGAUCUUGCAACAGUGUUUAUCACAAUACUAGACGCCAACGACCACCCACCUGUUUUUGAGCCAGAUGUUUACCAGUUAUCUGUGUAUGAAAAUUCGGCCGUUGGUACUUCACUAUUGGACCUUACAACUACUGAUGGUGACACAGCAAUCGAGACGGAGUUGUUUUUUGAAGUAAUAUUUGGAGAUCUCGCUGAUAUCUUUGAUGUCAAACAGGAUCCAGAUAACCGAUAUGUUGGUAUCUUAUACACAACGGCUUCAAUGGACCGCGAGACACGGAGCAGUUUUACUUUAGAAAUAAUGGCCAAAGAUGAGGACGGGCUUUUUGCCAUUUGCUCGGUAACAAUCACAGUGUUAGAUGUCAAUGACAAUGGACCGCAUUUUGCUCCACCAUUUUACUUUGGAAGCAUUUUUGAAAAUGUUGCUGAUCCCCAGUUUGUUGUCACUCUUACAGCUUAUGACCCAGAUGAACCUUCUAAUGGUCCUCCGUUUUAUUACAAGAUCCUUGAUGGUACGGUCGAUGAUAAUUUCGUCAUACGACCAAACACAGCAGAUGUAUUUUCUAAUGGCAUAUUCAAAUACGAACAGAAACAAGAAUGGAAGAUCUGGGUAGAAGCGACAGACAGUGGCAACCCAUCCAUGACUAAUGUGACUGUGGUCUACAUUCGGAUUAAGGAUUCAAUUAAUAAUAACGAACCUUUCAAUGCUUCAAUGACUAUAAUCUUGAAUUCGUAUCAGGGGCAGUUUGUCGGUGGAAACGUCGGUAAAGUAUACUAUCAAGACGACGACUUUGAAGUGGAUGUAAAUGGUUAUAAAAUUUUAAGCCAAAAUCCAGGGUCCUAUUUCACUAUUGACACAAACAAUGGGAAUUUAUCUGCACCCGAGGACAUUCCAAUUGGUUCCUAUAAACUAUCUGUGCAAAUUACAGAGAAAAAUCGAAAUGUGGCACAGCCUAAGCUCGCUUUUUGUGCUGUUUAUGUAAUCGUGCAAAAUAUUUCUCAGACAGCUGUGAGCAUGAGCAACACAAUUCAAUUUCUGAACAUUCAUAAAACAGCCAUGUUUGUUGGAGACUAUUAUUCUCUCUUCGAAACAAUGUUACCCAGGUUUUUCACGGUUAACUUCGGCGGGGUCUCUAGGCCCUCAGCUGUUUAUAUUUUUAACAUUCAAAAGGACUCAAGGAACCCUCAAGCCAUAAAUGUUCAGCUUGUGGUGACGAAUGUUCUGUAUUCUUCUGGGUUUAUGAGCCCAACAGAGGUCAUAAUCAAGCUGGCGGAAAACAGAGAAUCGCUUCAGAAUAUAGGUAAGAUUAGUUAUACAAUUCAAAGAAGCAACUGACCAAAAUAUUAACGAUGGUGCCCCCUAACAGAGCACAAUUACUUUUGAUCCUUAUAUGGAUAAUUACAAAAGAAAUAGGGUGUAACCAUUUACUUCUCAAGGUUCACGAUUAAGCAGACCUGAUGCAAAAAAGGCUGUGUUCAAGGAAAUGGUUAUUUCCAUAUGUAAUUGGCGAAUGGAGGUGAGCUUACGCUUUCACUUUAAUAACUGGAUAAGUAUAUCGGAAAUCGGAACAAAUCUAUCUUGUGAGCAAGGCUUUGCAAAAUACUGAGUCACGCAUCAGGGAAUUAACCAACCAUACAAGGAUAGCUCUGCACUGUUUAACUAUUCCUUCAUGUAACCAUAGAAUGUUUUACCAAAACGCUGAUGAAAGGUAUUUAAAGAUCAGGGCAGCGCUAUCCACCGGAUAAAUUACUAUCCAGCGGAUAAAUAUUAGGGAAAAAAUUGCGCUAUCCAGUGGAUAGAGAUUUAUCCAGUCGAUAGCGUUAUCCACCUUUUGAACAACUGGGGACAUAUGUAUUUGAAAUAGUCUUUAAGAAUAUUGUAUUUGUGCACCGUCAACGGUGUUACAGUAUUUUACAACAUAUGAAGAUUCCUAACAUGUUAAUGAUAACAAACUACAGGUUUAACAAUUGGUGCUUUUGGAAUUGACAACUGCGCACAAGAGGUUAACAAAACUGGUGUUUGUCAGAACAUAGUUAAAGCUUAUAAUACGUUCACCGUCAUCAGUGGUGACUACGGUCAGUUUCCCGCUCCUCCAGUGUCUUUGACGUUUGUAUCAGUCAAUCUUCAACUACAGGCAGAUUAUGAGACCAUACUAAAGUCACGUCCUCAGACAUGCGCAGACAAGCCUUGCUUAAAUGGGGGAAUAUGCCAUGAUGUGGAACCAGAAGGUUUGUAUUGUCAGUGCUGUUAUUCCCCUAGUGUUUCGUUGUGCGGUACGUUAAAGAGAACACCUCAGCCGAAACCAUUUUGAUCAUAAAACAAUAACUGACCAUGGUUGUAAAAAAACAAACAAAUAAACAAACUACCCACCGCCUGAGCUGAAAACCCUGCGGCUUCGUGUUCAAACUUACUUUCAAUAUUAUUGACUUUCAUAGAUCUUUACUGCUUAUGUAUGCAAUUCAUUUUAGCAAGGUUUAUUGUGUAAAAAGGGAAAACAUUGUGGUGCGAUAUAAAUACGAAAAGAAAUGUCGGCAUGAGUCGCCUGCUUUUUUCAAAUUUCUGCAGACUGUACUUUAAGCAAUGUUAACGAAUUUUUGCUUCUAUAAUUUUUUAAUGACCACAAUUCAGUGCAGCAGAAACUAACACGAAGCCAGAGCUAAACCUACUCUUAAAGAAGAAGCAGCAAUAUGAUGUAUAUAUCAGAAAGUUAAUAGUGACUGAUUUAUUUACUAUAAAAAAAAAUUAGGUCCCUCUCAUUACAAUAAAUAAUUCACUACUUUAUCUUCUCAGGAUUCCUCUGCCAAUGUAAACAUACCUUCCGCGGUCUUGCCACUGGACCUCAAUGUCAGGAAACGACUCGCACGUUCGAGGGCGGUUUGGGGACCUCUUACAUCUGGCUUAAAACGUUGGUUGUGUACGAAAGGAGCGUUGUACAACUGGAGUUUAUCACAACUACUGCAAACGGGCUUUUACUUUAUCAAGGCCCUCUCACUGAAGGUGUGCCUUUUUGUUUAUGAAAGGUAGUUUGGGUUUAGUCGCAUAAAUAUAGGAUAGCUCUACCCAUUGUAUUUAUUUAUGGACAAAGGGAAACCACAAGUGUAUCCACUGGAACGUUGUUUAUUUACUGUAUAGCAUUAUUGUUCGUCUUUGCCUCUAAGCUUGGCAAGGAUAGCAGGAGGUGGGGCUGAGAAUGUUUUUGAAAUCUUUCUAUUGAAAGUGUCGCGCUAUCAACCGUGUUAACCACUAUACAUAGGAAAAGGUAAGUGUAUCCUUGGCCUCUCCGUUUGGCGACGAAGGUAGUGGAGUACUUUAUGAAUUAGCAUUCCAGUUUUGACUGACUAACCAUUUGCCAUCAUUCGUGUAGUGUUUCGAUUUCAUUUGAUAUAAUUACUUAUACACAGUAGAAAUUCAUCCGUUAUAGUAAAAUACCAAAGAAAGCUGUAUGAAGAGGCUCUAAUAUUUACGAAAUGGUUAUGCACUUUUCUCCUUCCACAGUCAGCGCUAGUGAGUCACGUGAUUUCAUGGCCAUUAUUCUGUGCGAUGGGUUCAUCCGUGUCGUCAUAUCAUUAGGUGCCGAGCCUUUGGUGCUGACUUUGUCACGUGGUAAUCGGCUUGAUGACGGAGAUUGGCAUUUUAUUGAAGUGCAUCAGGAAUUAAAGGUACAAGUUAAUAACAGCUGGAAAAGUAUUGUCGACAAAGCAGUAUUAUAAAUAUGAAGGAGCCAAAGUUCAUUGUUGGUACACAAAAAGCCAUGACGUUGUUCCUUUUCUGUUUAUCAAAAAUUGCAGUGCAUUGUCUCACUCAUUUAGAUGGCGUAACUAAACUUUUGAAAUUUGCUCAAAAUUACACGUAUUAAAUUGGAUGCAACCAUGGUGCUCUAAGGUGUAUCGGGUUCCUUUUUCUGGAGGGAACCUAACUUCGUUGAGGUGGAUUAAACAGCUCAGGUUAUAGCCUUUUACCUUUUUCUUAUGAUUAAUAAUGAAUAAGCUCUAAACUGCUUAAGAUCAUGUAACGCAAUUAUGCAAAUUACAAUUCCUGCCUUUUUUUUGUCCAUUACAGAAAACAAUUGUUCCAAAUCGGUUUCUUUUAGUUUUCUAGUGAACCAAUCAAACCCAAGACAUUUGUCGAUCUGAAAUUACCAGAACAUCUUUCAAACUGGUUAAGCAACCAAAAAACAGCACGUAACCUUACUUUAAUGAUAUCCUACAGCAUGUUAUUCAUGAGCUAGACGUCAUCGCCGCUUAUGUAUACCCCUCAAAUUUUUGAGUUUCUCCCUCAAAAAGGAGUAACCGGUGCGCCUUAUACAGAGUCUUUACUCCUAAUUAGAUGGAGCAUCAGGAAAAUUUUCGCUCUCAACUUUUUUUACAGAUUAUUACAGUUAUUGUUGAUCGCUGCGAGAACGCGCGUUUGGUUCAGUUAGGAGAAGAGUUGGUGGAAGAUGAAAGUAAUUGCAAAAUAACAGGCAAAAUUAGAGGAACAAACUAGUAAGUAUACAAUCAAUCUCAGAUAAUUACAUACGUAUGUGCUUGAGUUAAUGUGAGGGGAUCGGAGAUGGUGAUCGUAAGGGCGUUAAAUUUAUGUAAAAAUGAGAUAAUAAUACUGAGCGAAAAUGUUUUCUCGUAUAAAAGAAAUUUAGAAUUCUCUCACAACCCAUAGGCCAGGAACUACGAUACUACUGACCCUUAGGAGACAAGUGAAAUCUUGCAGAUGAAACAAACUAGCCUCAUGACUGUGUGACCACAGUUGGCUUGUGUAGAAAAAACAAUGAAAAAAGCGGUGGAACGAUCUGUGUUUUAAACCCCUAGUUUAUAUCUAUAUUUUUUUUCAGCUAUCUCAACAGUCUUUGGCCACUUCAGAUCGGAGGCGUAGAAAAUUCUGGCAUUGCCUAUCCUAAUCUCAAUUAUACUGGUUUCAAUGGCUGUAUACGAAAAAUAACCAAUAACAAUCACAUGUACGAUCUGAGGACCCCACUGAAAGUAGUAAAUGCACCUGAAGGGUGCCAGAAGUCUACCGGAUGUCCGUACUGUAACAAUCAAGGGUACUGUGAACCCUACCUGACAAAGUCAGGGGUGUGUGUCUGUGAUGUUGGAUACUCUGGACGAAACUGCUUAACAGGUUAGUCUUCACCUGCAGUUUGUGUGCCCCUGUUAUGUGAUUAACCACUGAGUCUAAGAAUUGAUGAAUUUUACCUGUUUCUUAAGACGUUACAAUCUAACGUUCCAAGCCAGAAACAAAACCUUAAGAAAUGGUUUUGUUUUUAUUGCGUAUUUGACAACUCACCGGGCAAUUUUUGACAAAUGGAAAGCGCCCUAAAAUGAUUUUACCUGUUUCGAUUAAUCUAACGUCCCAUUUAACUUAUUCCUUUAUACAAAUGAGGCAUUACUUUUUUUUUGCAUACAUUUUUUGCUUUUUAAAAAUAUUAUUAAUAAAAAUACUAUAAAUUUACGGUUAAAAAUAAAGUAUUUAUGAGAAUAAGCUAAGACAGGGAAUCCCCCUUACGGAAACGUUGUCAGCUGUAAUCAGCAACAAAGAUGUGCCUGUGUAAAGAAAGUGUAUGUAAAACGUUCACAUGACGUUACGGCGGCCAUAUUGGUGUUCCAAAACAAUGAAACGGCGGCCAUGGCGGUACCAUACCAGUCCUGUGAGAGCUGAACUUUUUUUUAAGUAAACGCUUUCCUUUGUUCCAAUAUAUUUACAUAGAUGCUGGCCAUCUGAGUAAAAACUCUUCAUUAUACCUUUUCUAGGAAUAUGUUACUCAUCGACAUUUUUAUUAUCGGCUCUUUAGUUUUUUCUUGGCAGUUGGAAAUUAUUAACGUAUCUAAUCGUCAAACUUUCAGCCCAUUGAAAUUGUUAUCAAUUGGUUUCGAGAUACUUUGUAGACCAUGUUGCAGCUACUGAAUACUGAGGAUCAAAAGAUAGUCAACUCGGCAAGGCCAUUCUAAACCAAUCAACAUAAUCUUUACUCAUAUUUUGCAUUUUCACUGAAUAGCUGCAGUUGGUAAUUACUAUUUGGAAAACAGUUACUCCCAGUACUCUGUAACAUCGUGGGGAACGUCCUCCUCUUCCUCCUCAUCAUCAUCUUCAUCUACGUCGUCGUCGUCGUCUUCGUCUUCGUCAUGGUCGUCAUCAUCGUCGUCCUCAUCAUCCUCAACGUUAUCAAGGCGGCGACGUGACACUCUUCCAGCUCCCCAACCUAUAACAAGUGAAUAUUUCACUGACAUUGGUCUCAAGAUGAAGGCCAAACCAGGAACGAAUAACAGCCUGAUAUUUCUGUCAACUAACAGCCUUGGAACAGAGUUUGUCAGGGUUGACGUAAGUUGAAUGCAGAUAUUCCAUGCCUUCUUCAUUAUCAUGCUUUGCUUGUACGAAGUUUCCCAAGCUGAUUAACACCAUCUAAAGCGCCGGUAAAGAUAGGCAACGCGCUCUCAUGAUUAAUCGUUUUACUGUGCAUUUCAAGGUGUGUGGUAAACUGUCUGGACUGAAACAUUACAACAUGAUAUCCGUGGAAAACCGUUUCCAGUGCAACUUCUUCUUUUCCCAGUUUCAUCUUUUUCCUAAUCACUGGGUUUUGAAUUAGCCGAACCAUUUCUACUCCUAAUAUUAUGUAAUGCAAGCAAUUAAUUAACGUAAAAUCGCAACAUCUUCGGACAUUUUUUUUUGAUAAUUUUUGCAGCUGCAUGACGAAAAAAUUCGCUGCAUUUUACGACUGGCAGGAAGAACAAAAAUUCUCCACCUCAAAGGAGUAAACGUCACUGAUAACAAAUACCACACGAUCAUUGUGAAAAGGCUGGGUAAUUAUGCCACACUACAAGUUGACUAUGCAGGAAAGGUAGAGGGAAGUACAGGAGGAUCAAGUCACCUCAUGAAUCACGGUGGAGGAGCUCUUUUUGCAGGUAUUACUAUACGUUAGUAUUUGAUUGGUUUGCAUAAUUUCGUAGCAGUGUACACAGAAAACGUUUGGCAAUAGCUCACAAGGACGUGUGAUGCUUGGUUAACGCUAUGAUAAGGAAUAAUCGACAGGUUUUAUGGGCAUAUAGUCACGACAUACGUUCUGUUUUAUCUUUACCAUUGGCCAUUGUUAAGAAACAAAACUGGACAUAUAUUGAGUAAUCAGCGGCCCUCGUGAAUCUGUUCAUUUGCCCCAGUAUCCUACAUGAAAACACCACGGUGAAAAAGGAAGCUUUAAUGAAAAUACAACACUGAGUGUAGCAAAUCUUUUGUAGGUGGACUGAGAAGACUAACAGCCCUGAAGGUGAUGCGAGCUAUUGUGCAAAGCCACGGAAAAGCCAUCGUGCAGACGGCCAGUGGAAGCCUUAUAUCAACGUAUUCAGCAUUUUCUGGUUCUUCCUUAACUGGAGUGAACUUGAUAACAAUUGACAAGCAAGGGAACGUUCACGUUAAAAAGAUCAAAAACGCUACUCUGAUCAGGAUGUACCAAAAACACACUAUUCGAUCCAUCUUUAAUGAAAGUUCCCAUAAAAUUGUCAUUGGAAGCGCGGGAGUUAGUAUUACACAAGUGCAACUUAGCAACAAUAGUCUUCAAAGUGUACAGCAAAUAAUACAGAGAAGACACCAGCAAAACGCAGGUGCGUCUGUCAAUGGUGGAAACGCUGCCUUAGUUGGAGGGAGACUGGUGGGUGGCUAUGGCUCAAGCCUUCAAUUAAGGAAAUCUGGUGGAGGAAAUUUUGCAAACAAAGAAGGCAUCGAUGAAUCAUAUGGAGGUAGGUCAGGUGGUUUACGUUCUAGGAAAAACCUCAUACAAUUCCUUAUCAAGUGAUCAUUCUAAGAAAAUAGCCAACAUGUUACACAGUGAUAAAGGUUAGCAACUUACUACAGAAUUGAUCAGUCUAAGAGUAAAUCAAGGACAAAAUAUCAUGCGAUUACAGAAUAUUAUCUGUGGACAGCAUAAGGAAUCUCAAAUGGUUUUCUGUCUUGCCAUUCCACGAAAGAAAACAAAUACUUAAAAUUAUUAAGGUUUUGUUUAUGUUGUGUGCACACGAGAUUAGAUACAGACCCAUAAAAUGUUGUCUUGUAACAAAAUGAAGCAUUCAGUGACCAUGGAAAAUAAGAAACAUAAAGCUUUUGGUGAAUAUAGCGCCAAAUCACAUAAUAUUUCAUUCACAGGGUGCAUUCCACAGAAUCGACUUAACUACUUUGACCUGGAUGACAAAAACAGUAAUGAUGUGAGAGCUGAGCGCCAAAACGUCGUAUUUGGUUGCCCAUGUGAAACCGGAGAAUGCGCGAAUAAUGGCACCUGCAUUCUUAAGAACAGCACGACGCUGGUGGAAAAUUCUACAACGUCCUGGAAAAUGUGUAAAUGCGUUGGAAGUUGGACUGGUCCUCGGUGCCAGAAAAAAGACGACCUUGUAUUGGGUCUUGCUCCACGUGAGUAUUUUGUAACAACUAAGGCUAUGUAAUUAUAUUUUUUCAGUUCUGGUGUCACAAAUUCAGGUACCAAAACCGUGCUUAUGAGACCGCCCCUCCUUUUUUAACUUCCUGAAGUCACACCUGUCUCGUCUCUCACUGAUACCUCUUGUAAGCGUGUUUUGUUUUGCAUAAGUACUGUUUUUCCUGUCACUCUCUUUGAACCUGAUGUCAUUUUCUAUUAAGCGCUAUAUAGUGUAUUGUAUUAGGUCAUUUGUCGCUACCUUUUUUAAGGAAAUAAAAUUUUUAUAAAACAGCGAUGUAUAGUAGCCACUUUGAGAAAAGAAAACAACCCUUACACGUUCUACUGGUCAAUUCUUAGAUAGCACAUCUUGCCGAUUUUGUGAAAAUCAACCUAACGAAAUUUGCAGUCAUUUGAGUGAAAAGGUGUCAAAAGGCAGGUUUCCUGUGACUUCAGGAAGCGGCCGAGAAGCUCCAAAAUCCUAGUAACGAAGGAAAAGUAAAGGAGAAAAGGGAAGAGCGAGGAGAGCGAAAGGAGGACAAGAAAAAAGCAAAAGUUGCAUUCUUAGUUUUUAUAAUAGCUACUUUGGAAAAACUGUUCGACGGAAAUGGUCCAUUUGGCGAUAACGUUAUCAAAAAUCUGGCUAGACAUACAUGUAUACCAAAGCAAAUUUCCACAUCAUGAUUUAAUUCGCAUCCGUGUCAACAAUGCGAUAUCAAAUAGUAUAUAUAUAGUCAACUCUCUCUGAGACAGACACCUUCGGGACCGGCCCUGACUGUUCGUCUUAUGGAAAUGUCCGGCUUAUAGACAGUCAAGCUAACGUGAAACCAGUGAUUUUUAAGUUGAGCUUUGGCAAUGAAUGUACGCCUGUUUAACUUGUACAAAACAGCUUAAACUGAAACAUUGUAAAUUGAAUUGAAACAGAAAAGUGGAAUUAUUCUCUUACCAUGCAAUCAUUACAAGCAACGUUCAGGGCUUCAUGUUCUAAAAUUGUUAUAGUACAAACACUACAAGUACCGCACCAACGUUUCCGUUUUGAAAUAUUUUUAACUUCAUAAAGCACUACUCAUGUCCGUUGUCCGUCUUAGAGAGGUGUCCGUCUUAUAGAGAGUAUAGUCACAGUAAAAUGACUGAAAAACGGUAGGGAUCAACACCAGGUGUCCAUCUUAGAGAGGUGUCCGUUUAGGGAGAAUUCAUUGUAAACGCAUCAACAUGCAGAACCAAGAAUUCAUAAUUAAGAGGUACUAAGGAACUUGAGAGGAGCCCUAAGUAUGUCCCCACUAUUUUAAUCGUUCUGCUAAGAAUUAAAAACCAUUGAUGCACCUCUUCAGGAUGAUUACAUGAAUUUUUCUUCAACAGCUGCACAAGCCCCGGACGGUCCGUCAUGGAUGUGGAACGCCGUGCUGGCUUUUCUUCUUCUUCUUCUUAUACUUCUGCUCCUACUGGGUCUAUAUCUGCUCUGUAAGAAAUGCAGAAGCGAUGCCGUGGACGGCACGUCACCAGUGAAACCUGCUGAGGCCAUAUUACCAGGGGGACACGGGACAGUCAGGUCUUACUCGGACGUUGGGCCUGGAGAAGAGGAUAGCACUGACUAUGAUUUACGUCAUCUGAUGAAAUACAUGUAUACUGAACGAAUACACGGAGGGAUCGAUCUAGCACACGAGCAUGAACACGCGAGUAUCAGAGUUUACAAAGACCAUGGGGUGCGAGGAACAGACAAUCACCAGUUUGACCUUCGGGAACUGAUGUCGUACAAAACGUACGUAGGUGGCAUUUUAAAGAAGCCAUGGACAUGUUUUUAUUUUUACUUUGACUGAUUGUUUUUGUCCCUGAAUUCUACAAAUAAAAGAGGCUUCAAGAAAUUGUAUGUUAGUGUAUUAGACCAAAUUUCAAAAACAGUUUGUUGUCUGUUAAUAUAAGGUUUUUAGAAAAAGAGUAGGAAAGAUAGAACAUGGUAGUUUAGUUUUAUGAAUCUCAGUCUUAAUUGCUGGAUACAGUUUCCAGAGAUUCGCUAUUGUGAUUCAGUAAGCAAAUUAAUGAUUAUUGUGUGAAACGACAUUGGACUGAACUAAUGAGGGUUAUAUUCAGUUACCUAUUUCUCACCACAGAAAGAAUUUUGUCUCCUUAUUUUUUGGACAUCUUUCUCUUAGGCAUCACGUGAUAACACACACGAUGGAAGAGAAACCUUUAGGAACUGGCAAUCCAGGCUUCCACGGUUCAACUCCGGCAGUGACAAGUAGCCUUCACAGUGUAAUAGUGCAUCGCAUAACACAUGCAGAUAGUAACCCGUCUCUGUCACAUGACGAGGUGCACUGGUUCGAGGAUGAGGGAAUGGACUCUGAUGUGGAUGACUUGAGCCAACUGGAAAGUGAAGACGAGGAGGACGUGGACCAACCAGAUGAUUGGUUCAGUCACUUUAUAAGUCUUGGAAGCACCUGA